GCCUCCGGUCCUCCGCUCCUGGUCAGGAAAGCGACAGCCCGGACAAGGGCGGGGAGGAACGGUCUUGGCCUGGGACACUUUCUCCCGGUCCUCUGCGCCCCAGCUGCCCGCCCGGAGCCGUCCUCCUGUCCGCCUGGAGGGGAGCGCACUGGGCGGCUGUUCGCCAUGGAGCGGACCCCGGGCUCCGAGUUCUGCCUCGUCGUCCUGCUGCUCGCGGUGCUGCCUGACUGUGCGCGGGGGACGCCCUGCGCCUGGGGGCGCGGAGAUUCUCACUCUCUUCGCUAUGAUUUCAACAUUUCUUCUCAUAAACAACCAUGGUGCAUGGUCCAAGGACAGAUGGAUGGAGAGAAGUACCUCUUAUAUGACUGUGGCAGCAAUAAGGUCAUAUCUAUGAAUCUCCUGAGAGAGGAGGUAAAGGCCAUGGAUUCCUGUAAAGUAAUGCUCAGUACCCUGACUGACAUGGGAAAUGAAUUAAAACCAUUACUGCCUGACAUUAAACAGGAGAAAGACGCAGAUGGAGCUCCUCUCCCCCUGCAGGUCAGGAUGACGUGCCUGUGCAAAACCGAUGGAAGCACCAGUGGAUCCUUGGAGUUUUCCUUGGAUGGAGAGAGGUUCCUUACCUUUGACUCUGAGACAGAGGAGUAUAGAGUGGAUAAUUCUAUAGGUGAACGGCUGAAAAAGAAGUGGGAGAAUGAUAAGGAAUUGAAGAAAUUCUUCAAAAUGACCUUAAAGGGAGAUUGCAAGGAAUUGCUUCAAUGCUUGGUGCACUGGAAGAAAGCGGUGGAGGCAACAGCUGUCAACCACUGCCACAGCCACAGUCCCAUCCAAGGCCACAACCAACAUGCCCAUCGCCUGGUGGAUCUGCCCUGUGAUCCUCACCUGCGCAACCAUAGUGGCAUCCUAGGUAGGUCCUUGCAAUUACAGUUACUGAGGGCAGGAUUGAGUGGGAAGUGAGGGGCAGAUGGCCUGCAGUGAGGACAUGGAGAGGUGAAUUCCCAGCCCGACCACUGCAACCUCAAUGACACUUCUCCUCCUGGAAAUUAGCCCAAGAGACCUACACGUAUUAUCACUUCACAGCCAUAACUUGGACAAGCUCAGCCCUGAGUUGGGCAUCUCCUCACUGUUAAUGCCAGUGGGAAGGGGAAGGGCCCAGACCAAGCUUAAGGCCUGUGGAUGCUGAAGGGGUUUAGAGAACUCAGUUCUGAAUCAGAUCCUCUGUUUGGAAAGGGUGUUUGGACCCAGUGUGGUGGUGUGGAGACAGCAGGCACACAGGGCAUGGGCAGUGCUCACAUUCAGGUGAGAGCCUCAUGCUGGCUGCAUGUGAUGUGUCCAGGGGGAGGGGGAUUACCCAGGGGGCUGAAAGGAGAGGGGCCAGGGUCUAAUGUCAGGAAAAGGGCGGAAUGCCUUGCAGACCCAACUCAAAAUGCUGGAGUUCACCUCCGCCUUCCCAGAAAGUGGCUUCAAAAGAGCCAGAAAGGAGGGAGGCAAACAGUAAGGAUGUUGUAGGGAGACAAGAGUAAGGUUAGAAGGGGCCAGUUCUCAGUGAACCCUUGGGAUUGCUGGCUGAGCCCUGGUGCAGUCACCUGGCAGCCAGCCUCCUCCACACUCCAGAUCCUGAGCCUCUGAAUGCCUCCUGCCUUGAACUGGGGCUGACCAUGAAUGGGUGGGGAAGGGCGGGGACUUUCAUACUGAGAGUUCCCUGUGCUGCUAGGUAAGAGGCUGGGAGAAAAAGGAAAAGAAAGGUGUUUGACUGCAACCUUCCCCAAGCUGUCAGGUGUUAGGAUGCUCCCUUCUGAACAUCAGAGCUCCCACCAGGUCCUUAGACCCUCCCACCCCCCAGAAGGUCCGACUUGAGUGAAAGAGAGAAGGCUAAUGAGCCAUUCAUUACUCACUUUAGUCCUGAGCCCAGAACAUCUGUAGCAGGGCUGAGGUGACGCUGUGAUGUGCAAAGGGUGGGCAGAGCUUGGUGGGCUGCUGGUCCCAGGGCAGAGGUCGCGGAUUCAGGGAAAAAUGUGACUCUAGUGGGGCCAGGGCUGACAAUGGGGAGAUGCUGGGGUGCUGUAGCCCUAGGAGAACUGGCUCAGGAUUUCCUCAGCAAUGGGACCAACACUCGCCCUUUUCUUCAGGCUGUCGAUGCGAACAAGGAGGCCCUGGAGGUGUGGACUAGCUCACACCUGGUGGUGUGACUCUGGCUUUUCCUUGGCUGCCUCUGGAUGACCUGCUGUAAUUUUUUUAAAGAAUUCAUUUAGUCCUGACCGGCUUGGCUCAGUGCCUAGAGCAGUGAUGGCGAACCUUUUGAGCUCGGCGUGUCAGCAUUUUGAAAACCCUAGGUUAACUCUG